AUGCAGCGUAGAAUUCGUGACUUCCGUACACAAGAAGAACUUACUGAAUAUGUAAAUUCAAUUGCUUGGUCAGAAAGCGAAGAUGAUGAAGAUUUUUCUUCCGAUGAUGAACAGUGCUACCCAGAUUUUAAUUUUAAUGCCGCCAUUAGAAAAAAAAGUGUUAAAGAUAGAGUAGAAGAGUCCAAUUUACAUAAUGAGACCAUGGAACAAUCAAAUACUCUAAAUAUUAUAGAACCAAACGAUACAGUGGAUGUGAACAAUUUCUCUUCACAAAAUCAAAACAUUGCUGAGAUCUCAGAAUUGAAUCAAGAUGUCGUGGAAGACCCAGUUAUUGUUGGUGACCGAUCACGGUGGCAAGAAUACGCCACAAUGUUUGAAGGUAUUUCAAUUGAAAAAGAUUCAACUGUUUUUAAAAGACCUUUAUGGCGAAAGAGACAUAUGCAACAUUAUUCGAAUAUUAUAAAAUUUCGGGGUAAUGACGCUUUAUCACCGGAAAUAUUGGCGUUGAAAUCUCCACUUGACUUUUUUUCGUUUUUUAUUUCGGACGAUAUUAUUUCAAAUAUUGUAGAACAGAGCAACCUGUACGCUGUGCAAAAAGACAUCGCAAAGCCCCUGAAUACCACCCCAGAUGAAAUUAAAAGAUUCAUGGGAGUUAAUUAUUAUAUGUCGGUAUUCAAAUAUCCAAGCGUACGAUCUUAUUGGAGUGAUUAUGGUUUUAAACCAAUUAUGGAUUGUAUGACUCGAAAUCGUCAUGAAAAAAUUAGACAAUUUUUACAUCUCAAUAACAACGAGACAAUGCCCCGUCGCCAACAUUUUCAAGACGCAGCUGAUCAACAGCCAUCGACGUCAUCGGGAGUUGCCCGUAGAAGCUAUGGAUCUAUACCACAGUGUGAUUCGGGCUACGAUAGGCUGUACAAAAUACGGCCUGUUAUAACAGCCUUGAAUAGAAACUUUAAAAAAGUUCCAAUGAGAGCACGUUUGUGUGUUGACGAACAAAUUUGUGCCACCAAAAUCAAACACUAUCUAAAACAAUAUAUGCCUGAUAAACCACAUCCAUGGGGCGACAAGUUGUUUCUUCUGUGUGAUGACUCUGGGUUUUGUUAUAGUUUUGAAAUAUAUUCUGGUGAUGAUGACCACCGUGAAGAAAAUGAGCCGAAUUUGGGUGCAUCUGCAAAUGUUGUGGUAAGAUUGGCUCGUUCGGUUCCUCGAUUUGUCAACCACGUCAUAUUUUUCGACAAUUAUUAUACUUCUGUUCCUUUAAUGGUUUAUUUGCGAACACAAGGGAUAUACUCAAUUGGUACAGUUCGCCGUCCACGUCUUCCAUUGUGCAAAUUGUCACAAAAAUUUGCUAAUCGCGGUGAUUCCGAAGAAUAUGUUGGAACAUUUCAUGGAAUCGAUGUCACAACAGUGGCAUGGAAUGAUAACAAAGUUGUCACCAUGGCAUCAACAAUGGCCGGAGUAAAGCCAUAUAUUUCAUCUGAUGGUCAGACGCCCAAGGAUACACCAACCAUAGAACGAUACAACAAAAAGAAAAAGGAAAUGGAAAGUAUUCAAUGUCCAAAUAUCGUCCAUGAAUACAAUAAAUAUAUGGGUGGUGUUGACCUUUUGGACUCGUCUCUCGGUCGUAGUCACAUCCGUAUAAAAUCCCGCAAAUGGACAAGCCGUUUGUUUUAUCAUAUGUGUGAUAUUGCCAUCAUCAACGCAUGGAUUUUAUACAAGAGGCAUCAUGUAGAGACUAAUAAUGUGGAACCACAGAAGGUAUUACAUGAAUUUGUGUCAGAAGUUGCACAUUGUUUGACGAAAUCUGGUACUGAAAUACGAAUGGGAAAAGGUCGGCGAAGUAACCUUGAAUCUGAAAUUAUUGUAAAGCGUCCACGCCCAAUGUGUGCUGCAUUACCACCUCGUGAUAUUCGCUUAGAUAAUAUAGGACAUUUUCCAGAAUUUAUAAAAGAAGGCAAACCACGGUUUGUAAUUUGUGACGUCCGGGAGCCUGGUGGUUCCUCAAAGAACCAACCAGGUAUUUUUGACAUAACUCAGGAUAUUAAGGGUUAA